AAUCAUAGUCACCACGCAUCUGCCAAGAUGUAAAGGACUUAGAUGAUGAUGAUUUAGAUAACUUCAAGUUAUUUAACCAAAACACGCAUUUGUACAUGUAUAAAUUAGCAUAAUAACUACAGUAAAAAUGGAAGAAUGUUUUUCUUGUAAAUGUUGCUUGUUCAUCAAACCGGUUCAAAUAAAAAUUAAAUGAGCAAAUAAUUACGUUGCUUGAAAUUCAUAAUACACGACAGAGAAUAAUAUCUUUGGAUAAUCUCUAUAAAUAAUGCCAUAUUAUAACGACAUUAGAAACGUUUAACUAACGAAUUUUAAGAAAACUUAUAUCCCGGAACUCGAGUCGAAUAGUUUAUACAUUAACUGCGAAUCAUAAUUCAACUACAACAUUUAUAUAAAUCGCAAAAUAUAAAGAUAAGAAAUAACAUUAACACACAGCAAUCAAAUCUGAACUCUAUUGUAUAUGUUUGUAAUUAAUGUACUGCUUACAGUUUAGAAGAUUUCUAUGUAAAUGUAGUUUGAAAAUAUCUUUUAUCAAACUCUAUGUCUAUCUCUACGAAUAUCUUCAACAACAAGAAAUCGAUCCCCAAAAAAUCCUACACGUUGCUAUGCUAGACAUAUAUGUUAUGUCUACAUUAUCUUCUUCAUCGGAACUGCGUAGACAUGCAGUUGUCCGUGAUCAUUGUGACCUAGGUCUACAACUCUGUGCUAAAAAAGUGUUAAAGUGUUAAUAUUAUUUUGCAUUAAGAGUACUUUUCUUAUUCUUAACAUACCAAGAUCAAACAAAAUUUUUUGUAUUCUUAAUACUUCUCAUCCAUCUUGUCUUUAUUCUAUCCCAAUAGUAUAUUUAGAAUAAAAAUAUCAUUAUAAAAUACAAAGGUCUUGAAAAUAAUCGUAUUAAAAGUAUUGGGAUUUCAUGCAUCAUUCAGAGAUUAAUUGCGCACUUGCCUAUCCUAAUUAUUUUUACAAAUUAAUAAAAAUCUUUUCUUGUCGUUCUUUCACCGUACAUAUUCUUUGCUUUUCAGAUAAAAACUGCAGAAUGAAACUACGCCCUUUUCCAUAAUUCGUUAUUCGCGCUUUGCUUACAAGGAAAAGUAAAGAAAAGUCAAAUUAUUUUUGCUAAGUCUCGACGCAUCAAUAAUUUAACGAUGUGUAUACCAAGUAAGAAACUACUUCGUGUUUCGUACUUCUGCUUGUUGCUUCGUACUCGGCGUCUCACGGAAAUUCAACGAAAAUUCUCACGAAUUGCGAUAUAAAGCAGAGCUAUAAUUCAACGUUCCAACGACUGCUCGAGCUUAUUAUAGACAAUCGUAAGCUGAAAAGUCCUAAUGACGAGAUCAAUUCUACACGGUGUAAUUUACAUAAAAAUUGUAUCAGUAAUGAAAUGCCAUAUGACCCAUAUAUUAAUUCUACAAAGAACGAGAAAAAGAAUGAUGAUUCGGAACAAUAUGAAUCUCGUAGACAUAUCACAAAAGAUUAUGAUGAAAAGAAUAGAAGGUCUUUAGGUGGUAUAAGUUUCAGAGGUGGCAAAAGUAUCAAAAGUGUCACGGAAUUAUCCACCGAAAGUGUCACGGAAUUACCCACCGAAAGUGUCACGGAAUUACCCACCAAAAGUGUCACGAAAUUACCCACCAUGAAACUACGCAGCGACAUUGAUAAUUGCACAAGAUUCUGCUGUCCUCCAUAUCAUUACAUGUCGAUAAGCGGCAAAUGCAUUAAUGGAACCAAUUACAAUUAACCAAUAUUGUACAAAAUAAACGAUACAGAAAUGUGCAAAAUCACUUAUGAUCCAUGCUCUGAAAGAGGAUUUGAACGCCGUUUUGCCAAUAUUUCUAUCAUCGAUAGAAUUUUGUACGAAGAUCUCAACAAAUAUAAUUUAUCAAUAUUAAACUUCUGCUUGGCCACUAUGUAUUCGAAUAUGCUUCACAAUGAUAGCAUUUAUCAUAUGUUGCACUAAUGAUGAUGAAUCUAAAUAUCCGGUAUAUCUAUCUGUGUGUCUCCUAGUUUCUUUGCCGUUUCUGCUGUUGACAUUCAUAGUAUAUACUGUAUUGCCAGAACUUCAAAACGUACAUGGAUAUACAUUACGUGCACACGUUGUCUCAUUAUUUAUCACAUAUGUAUUUAUGUUUUGUGGUACAAAAAUUUCUAAAUUAGAAGAAAUUGCUGACAUAAACAUAUGUUGCAUUAUAAUAGCUUAUGUUUAUCAUUUCUUCUUUUUAUCGAGUUUUUUCUGGCUAAAUGUAAUAUGCUUCGAUAUUUGGUGGACAUUCAGAAAAAUCCGUUUGUGUCGAUUAAAUAUGAAGCAAGUGAAAAAGAAGUUUGUGAUAUAUUCGAUCUAUGCAUGGGGUGUUCCUUUGAUCUUUACCAUUUUCUGUGCCAUUAUGGAUAAUGUUUGUGGGAUUUUAGAAAAUUGGAAGCCUGAAAUAUGUGUAGACAAAUUUUGGUUUGGUUCUAAGAAGGCAAAAACGCUAUAUUUUUACGUACCUAUUUUGGCUACUGUCAUCAGUAAUAGUUUCUUCUUUAUCGCUACAACUGUAUCAAUUAUUCAUCAAAUUAUACGUUCAACCAAUCAUUUAAAAACAUCAGAUAACAAGAGUUACAAUAAAAAUAAGCACAGGAUUAAAUUGUUUGUAAAGCUGUUCGUGAUGAUGAUUUAUGGUGGAAUAAUCUGGAUUAUAGAAGUAAUAGCGUGGAAGAACACCGAAGAUUAUUCAUUUGUUUUGUAUCCUACAGAUAUGUUAAAUAGUUUGCAAGGUGUCAUUAUUUUUGUUAUAUUCGUAUAUAAUAAUAAGACGAAACAAUUGCUACUAAAACGAUUUGGCGGGCAAUCGUGCGGUCCAUUUUGUAUGGUUCCAGCAUACAAGGAUACCACGACGUCGAAUAUCACUUCCACAUUGACAAUGGAAUCCUCGCGAGAAAUCGAUUCAUUUAAUCAACAGUCAAGUGUGUAGAAUUUUAAGGAUGUUUAAGCAAAAUGCAAGAAUACAGAAUACGAGCUAAAAGUUAUCGUAAUUACAAAAUAGUAAAAUUUUUAUGUUUUUAUCCCUCUUUCUUCCUAAUAAACAACCAAAAA